AUGUCUGGACGUGGUAAAAGCGGUGGUAAAGGUCUCGGCAAAGGUGGUGCUAAACGUCACCGUAAAAUUCUUCGUGACAACAUCCAAGGAAUCACAAAACCUGCUAUCCGUCGAUUAGCACGAAGAGGAGGUGUUAAGCGAAUUUCAGGCUUGAUUUAUGAAGAGACUCGAGGAGUCCUAAAGAUCUUCCUUGAAAAUGUGAUCCGAGACUCAGUCACAUAUACUGAACACGCAAAACGAAAGACAGUAACAUCUCUGGACGUAGUCUAUGCUCUCAAACGUCAAGGUCGAACACUCUACGGUUUUGGCGCUUGA